AUGCCGAGUUAUUCUUCUCAACGGCUCACCAUCUUGAAUUAUGGAAAAGCGUUGUUAAUUUCUUAUGCGACUCGCCGUUUGACGAUUACGGAAGAUGAUGACGCCGAGCAGUUAAAACUCAAUGUCGAACCGUUGGUAGAAAUGAUGCCGAGCCGUGGAGAUAGGAGAUGUCGAGCCGUGAUGAUCUUGGAGAUGAGGCGAACUGUGUCCAAUAGGGUGGACCAUUUUGAAGAUGACGAGUUGAGUUUAUCAGUAGCUCACCGCUUUGAUUUGUUGAAAACAAGUUGUUCUCAUUCCUCUACGGCUCGCCAACUUUAA